UAAAUGGAGACAGAAAAAGAUAAAGAUCCAGCACCAGCUGAAGAAGUCAAAGAGGAGGUCAAAACUGAUGAGCCUGAAGAAGAUCCUGCCACUUUUAAUAAGGUAGAGGAACUUUUGAAGGAAAAUGAGGUUGAAUACACUCUUACAAUUCAUAAGCCAACUAAAACUUCUCAGGAAUCUGCAGAUGUCAGAGGAGCAACACUUGCUAGUGGGGCCAAGGCCAUGUUUAUUGUUGAUCAUUCUAAGAAAUUCAACCUGGUUUACUUCCUUUGUGUAAUGUCUGCUGCAAGGAAAAUGAACUGGAAAAGAAUCAAAGGAAUAGUAGGCACAAAGAAACUCCGUCUCGCAACAGUUGAGGAAGUAUUUGAUAAGACAGGCUGAGUAAGUGGAGCUGUCCCUCCCUUUGGUAAGCUCUUUGAUGCACAUACUUACGUUGACAACAGUCUGAUCGAGCAAGGAGACACUAUCAACUUCAAUGCUGGUCUAAGGACUCUCUCCAUCAAUAUGAAAACCGAGGAUUAUGUUAAAGUAGAAGACCCUAAGCUCUGCAAUUUCGUUCAAAAUGAAGAGCCUAAGACUGAAGAAUCUUAG